AUGGGUUGCCUCUGCAGUAUACUCGCCUUCAUCUUCCUCCUCGACGGUGGCGGCGAGAGGGUGACCUGGCACAUGUGGAAACCAUCACCUGCGCAUUUAGAAGAGGGACGCGAAGUACGAACUGCCCCAAGGGCAGAUAUUGGGGACAACAUUACCAAGAGCGGCGAAAGUGCCGGUGUUCAGCGUGCCCGGGACAAAGGACAUAAGCAGGGUAGAGCGGAGAUAAUGAAGACGUCGGCAAGCAAGGCACAAGGCAUGGCUAACUCCACCCUCGCCGAUGACACCGGACCAGCAGGCAUCCCGGCAGAUGGCUUCUAUCAGAAGUUCAAGAUCCCCAUGUUGAUUCUUUUCAGCACCCUUGCCGUUGCCAUUCUGGGCUCGACCAUCUGGCAAUGCUGCUUCCGAGUGAAGAAGAGCGAUGAGCUCGAACCCCAAUCCCCCCUCCCCACUUUCGUAGGACCCAGCGGCGUGAGAAGAGAACAUAUCCACCUCCCUUACCCGCACUCCCCCCACUACCGUCCGUACGGUGGCAGCCAUGGAUCUAGCACCAGAAGCAAAGUACGAGGCAGGGAGGGAAGGGAAGUGAUCCAAACAACUUCGGGAUGGCUGCGUCAUGCUGGUCCUAACCGUCCUUUGUAUCGGAACUGGCCACAGGCAGAAACUCGCGUGAGAAUCAGGGUACCGCCGACAACGGGAACACCACUGGAUGGAGCUUAUUCCAUGGCUUAUAUGCAGGAAGAAAUGCGUCAAGAACAGCCGCAGCAGCAUCGAGAAGGAAGACAGCAGGAAGAGUACGAGAUGGAGGCGCACCGAUUGGAGACGAGGGAGCCAACACCACCCCCGCCGUAUAAGGCUAGAAGGUCCACGGAUGACACGGUUGAUCGUCCACCAGGUUGCUUGUGUGCCCAUGUGUCGAAAUCCAGUGGGAGCGAAGGUUUGAGGCACCUGUGA